GCUGACUGAGAUAUGCUGAUCACAUAAUUUUUGUUUUUUAAUCACAAAAGUUACCAUUCUUCCAUGUAUCCAAAACGGUCUGGCCAAGAUGGCCCUGUUUCCGGGCAGGUGCACACAAGUGAUAGGAUCAAGUCAAGGCCAAACAUUUAUGGCCGACCAUUCAUGUCUUACAACUUAAAUCUUAGGCGCACCAGGAAAAGCAAGAUGAAGACAAGGACAGCAGCUUCACAGAUUGCCAAGAUGUUGCGUCUAGUGAAUCGGAAAGGACAAGAUUUGAAUACUAAUUCUGGCUCUGCCAACCUUAGGCGUUCAACUAGGAAGAGAAGGCUUACAGACAGCUUUGGAGCUGAGGAUGAAGACUUAAUGUCUGGCUCUGCCAACCUUAGGCGUUCAACUAGGAAGAGAAGGCUUACAGACAGCUCUGGAGCUGAGGAUGAAGACUUAAUGAGACCUGCAUAUCAACCAUUGAGAAACCGGAUUAGCAUUAGUGUCAGCCGGGAUGAUUUGAUGUCUACUAAACGCAAAAGAGCAAUGGAGAAACCUACACCUCGGCGUGAAGGUCUACGACCACGUCGCUCAAAGGCUGGCGCAAGAGAACGAUUAAUUUUAGAAUCAGAUGAUGAGCAAGAGCUUUCAGAAGAGAAGGUUGAACAAGAUGAAACAGAAAAUGAAAAUGAUGUUGAGGAAAAUGAUGCAGAUGAUGAUCAAAAUGAGAUUGAGGUGGACGCUGAGGGUGAGGAUGAAGGCGAGGACGAAGGUGAUGAAGAUGAUGAUGAUGAAGAAGGUGAAGAAGAGCAGGAUGGAAGAAGGCGCUAUGAUCUUCGAAAUCGUUCAGAUGUCCGCAGGUUCUCUAUGGAGGAAGGGAAGGCCCGGCAAAGAUCUCCUCGAAGAGUGUUACAUCAAGGUAUGGGAACUAAAGUCAGCAGGGAUGUAAGGAAGGGUGGUUCACGUGUUCAUAAGCGUCAUCGCAUAACAAGGCCUGAAGAUUCUUAUGACUCCCUUCUUGUGAAUGAGCUGGACCAAGGCCCUGCUAUUCCAUGGGGGCGAGGUGGCAGCAACAGGAUUGAUGCUAUUGAUGGAGCCUUGCGACGUCCUGGUAGAUUUGAUCGUGAAUUUAACUUUCCCUUGCCUGGUUGUGAGGCACGUGCUGAAAUAUUAGACAUUCAUACUCAUAGGGGAGCUAUUGUGCACUCUAGGCCAUUGUCUCUCGUAGUUCAACCAUGUCUUCAGAGACAUCUAGAGAAAGCCAUGAGUAUUAUAUCUGAUAUUUUCCCUCCAGUUUCUGUUGCAUCAGAAUUGACCAAACUUUCGAUGCUUUCUUAUGGGUCUGCAAUUCCACUUGUGUAUCGGCCUAGGCUUCUACUUUGUGGUGGUGAAGGUACAGGGCUGGAUCAUCUUGGCCCUGCGAUUUUACAUGAACUGAAAAAAUAUCCUGUACAUUCAUUAGGACUUCCAUCUCUUCUGUCAUAUCCGAGUGCAAAGACACCGGAAGAAGCAUUGGUACAUAUAUUUGGUGAAGCUAGAAGAACAACUCCAUCCAUUCUCUAUUUACCACAGUUUGAUGUUUGGUGGAAAACUGCUCAUGAACAACUCAGAGCUGUUCUCCUGACUUUGCUAGAAGAAUUGCCAUUUGACUUACCUAUCUUACUACUCGGGACAUCCUCAGUUGCACUUGCUGAAGUAGAGGAAGUCCCUCCUUCAGUUUUCCCUCAUCGCUCAGUUUAUCAAGUGAGCAUGCCAUCUACGAAAGAUAGGAAUUUGUUUUUCAAUCAUUUAAUAGAAGCUGCUAUGUCAGUAUUGUUGGAGGGAAUCAGCAAGAAAUCCCAGGAUACAGGAUGCCUUCCUGAACUUCCCCAGGCACCAAAAUUGGCUAGUGGUCCGAAGGUAUCUGAGCUAAAAGCAAAGGUGGAAGCAGAGCAACAUGCACUUCGGAGAUUGCGAAUGUGCCUUAGAGAUGUUUGCAAUUGGAUAUUGUAUGACAAGCGAUUUAAUGCCUUCCAUUUUCCAAUCUCAGAUGAAGACGCACCUAAUUAUCGCUCAAUCAUACAGAACCCAAUGGACGUGGCUACCAUCCUGCAGCAUGUUGACAACGGGCAUUAUAUUUCAUGUGUUGCGUUCCUGCAGGACAUUGAUCUUAUUGUUUCCAAUGCAAAGGCUUACAAUGGAGAGGACUACAAUGGCACCAGGAUUGUCAGUAGAGCUUGUGAGCUUCGCGAUGCGGUGCAUGGGAUGCUUUCACAGAUGGAUCCAGCACUAGUUGCAUACUGUGACAAGAUUGCUAGCCAAGGUGGCCCACUUCAUCUUCCUGAUGAAUUAGGGUAUUCUACCUUCCCUGCUACUCCUGUUGUACAGCUGGGUACUGCUACUAGAACGAGUGCUCGACUUCGCCAUGUCCAACCUGAGGUUAAUAUGGACCAGAGUUAUGACGUAUUGAAGCGGAAUAAGAAGAUCACGGAUGUUGUGCAUGCAGCAGAAGACAAGUCACAAGAUUCUGUACCAUCAAAGUCUUCCCAGGAGCAUCACGCAAAUGACGUAAAUUCUGAAAGGCUGGACCCAAUGUCAAUUGAUGCAAAUGUGCAGGGAACUUGUACAAAUAGCCUUGCUGAUAGCAGCAGUUUUGAUGAUGUCGCAAUGCUAGAUGGUGACUUUUCAAUACAAGAGGAGUCUGUCAAGCAGCUUUUUGUCAAGCAGCUUUUUGUCAAGCGUAUUGAAAAUUACAGCAUUCCACAACUUGAAAGGCUUUACACGAGAAUUAUGAAGGGCGUUUUUGAAACCAAAGAUAAAGUAACGAAUGAUGAUAUCAAGACUUCGGUUUGGGUGUUUUUAUUGAAUUUUGUAGAGGAUGAUGCAAAUUUCCGACUAAUCGGUUUUCCCUUUCUCCCUUGAUGAUUUAGGUAAAGGAAAGAUUUUUACUGUAAAGUCGGGAAGAUUGUAAUUACAGAAGAUUGUAAUUACAGGAUUUUAGGAUUAGAUGUCUCUGCAGACUUGCGAAAGCCUAGAGCUUGAAAAUGUUAGCCAGAGUGAGCUAACUUUUUUUAUUGCUCUCAACUACUAACUACCA